GAAUUCAAGCUUUACCACUACGAUCCUUCGUUUAUCCUCGCGGUCAUCUUUAUAGCUCUCUUUUCCGUCUCCGCACUCAGCCACCUUUUCCAGCUCGGUCGGUCCAAGACCUUCUUCUUCAUCCCGUUCUUUAUUGGAUGCGUCUUCGAAGCAAUCGGUUAUGCCGGACGUGCGAUAUCCGCGAAGCAAACUCCCGACUGGGCCGUCAUGCCCUACGCGAUGCAGAGUCUUUUACUACUACUCGGUCCGACGAUGCUAGCAGCAUCCAUCUACAUGACGCUAGGACGGCUCAUCGUGUUCCUUGACGCCGACUUUUACUCGUUGGUACCGAUCCAGAACUUGACAAAGGUGUUUGUAAUCGGCGACGUUCUUUCGUUCCUGGCACAAUCGGGAGGUGGUGGCAUGUUGUCCCAGGCCAAAACCGCCGGAGAUCAGAAGACAGGCCAGAACAUCAUCAUUUUCGGCCUCGCAGUUCAGCUCUACUUCUUCGCAUUCUUCAUCACCGUCCUCCAUGUCUUCCACCGUCGCAUCAACAAGAACCCGACCAAGAAGAGCCUGUCUGUCACGACUCCGUGGAAGCGACUCAUCCUCGUGCUCUACAUAGCGAGCGGUUUAAUCAUGGUUCGAUCGAUUUUCCGCAUUGUAGAGUAUAUCACGGGCUCGAACGGGCCGCUCCAAUCGACCGAAAUAUACAUCUACGUCUUUGAUGCUGCGCUGAUGUGUAUUACUACGGCGCUCUUCAACGUCUUUCAUCCGGGGCGUGUGAUC